GCACGGGAGAGAUCCAUGGUUCAUAAGUAGGAAACCUGUCUUAACUGACAAGACGCGUUUUGGGGUGAAAUGGAGGAGUUCUCGUGAGAACUCCAAAGUUAAACGUGCUCAGUGUGGAGUACAACAAGGAUGGGUGACCUUAUGGGAAGUCACCCUGAAUUGCACCCCAAAGCGAAAAUCGUGUGAGUGUAGAGGCCCAAAGCGGACAGUUUCUUGUCGGGAAAAGGUUCGGGAUGUUACAAGUGGUAUCAGAGCCUCUCCGCGUCCCUCUUGAACGAUGGUGGGGCAAACCUCAACGACGGCGUUACGUAACACCUUAGGCGAAUCUCACAUCGACAAAGUACGGGAGAGAUCCAUGGUUCAUAAGUAGGAAACCGGAAUUAACUGACAAGACACGUUUUGGGGUGAAAUGGAGGAGUUCUCGUGAGAACUCCAAAGUUAAACGUGCUCAGUGUGGAGUACAACAAGGAUGGGUGACCUUAUGGGAAGUCACCCUGAAUUGCACCCCAAAGCGGACAGUAUCUUGUCGGAAAAAGGUUCGGGAUGUUACAAAAUUCGUGAAACAAAAUUAUGAUUUAGUUAGUGUAUAUAGCACCUACCCACCAAAUAGCUCAUUUGAUUACCAUAGGGUGAGUGGUGGGUGGUUUUAUGCGGGUUUGAAAUCACGUUGUGGUGGGUGAAAGAGAAAAUGGCUCACACCCCCACCCAAAUAUUACAUGUGGUUGGGUUGGGUGAUUCGGUGGAUUUGCAACAUAUAUUUUAUAUUAUCACAAAUGAUAGUUUUAAACUUAAAAUGAAAAAAAAAUUCAAACUAAAUAAUGCUUAAUCCAUAAAUCAAGUGAAUAAUUUAUUUUACAAUAUUGGUACUGGUAAUUGUCCAUAAAUUACAAAAUAUUCAACGGAUAAACAUAGGUGUGUUCAAACAGUGUGGUUACCGUGGUAACCAUUUUAACCCGUAGUAUUUGGUUAAUUUGUAUGAUGAAUUGGUUUGGUUAAAUUUUUUAGCUUGUUUGGUUUUGGUGGUUUGAUUUCAGAAACUCCUAACCAAUCAAUACAAACUAACCAGUUAACUAAUUAGUGAUAUAUCUAAUAAUAAAUAUUAUAUACACAUACUUUAUAAUUUGCAUAACUACUCAAAAGUCAAACGUUCCUCCCUCUUAGGCUCAUUAAAAAUAAAGCUUGAUAUUGUUUCUAUAUUGUAUAUUUGUAUAUAUAGAGUGUAAAUCACAACAUUAUGGACGUCUAAUUUAGAUAAAACUAAUACAUUAUGUUGGAAACAAACUUGCGAGGAAGGUCUUUUUUAGCCUAGGAUAAUUGCUAAGAGAUUAAGUCAAUUUACAUUACACAACAAUUCAUUAACCCUAUAUCAUUGAUAUAUAUUUUUGUUACGUGAAUAUUUCUAUUGAUAGUAAGAUAAUUGUAUUAGUUACAUGUAUUUACUUUAAGAGUUAUAUAUAAUUAUGUGUUGAUUGAUUAUCAAAAAAAUUAUGUGUUGGUUGUUAUGUUUUAUUCAUUAUAUAAAUUAUGAAUUGAUGCAUUAAUUGGAGAUUUUUCUCACUUAAUGAUGUGAUGUUAUAUCGGUUAAUCUGGUUAACCAAUUAACCAAACCGAUUAAACUUUAGUUUGGUUAAUUUAGUUGUUGUAUUAGUUUGGACGGUUUGAUUAUGCAUUAUAUUCCAUGGUUAAUAGGAUUUAGGCCUGUUUGGUUUGGUAAUUACCACGAUAACCAUUUGUUCACCCCUUAAAUAUGGUCUAAGCCUGAUAAUAACCAAGGUUCAAGAAGACACUAGGCAUAAUGCAAACGUUUUGGUCUUGCCUAGCGCCUCAUUCGCCGAGAAUAGUUUUUUAACCUAUAGUUGCAAAUUACAAUUCCAAAUCGAUGGAAGGCAUGAAGGACAAAUCGGUGGUAGUUUAAGAUGAUGUCAUUUUGGGGAAGACAAUUAUCUUUUUCUGUCGUUUGUCUUCUAGUUAUGUUUAAGUGUACGUCCAAUUGGCUAAGCACACCUCACAACACAAUCAUUUGAUCGAAAUUGAGAGAAAUUUUUGUGAUUUUAAGGGUUUAAUUUUUCGGUAAAGUUAUAUGUUAGAGCUUUGAUAGUUUGAGAUUAAAAAAUUGGGUGGGUCGCGGGUCAACCACUGUCUAUCCAUCCACAGCCACCCAAUUUUUUGUGGGUUAACUAUUUUACAACCCACACCCACCCAUAAGAACCACCCUCAUAAUAAUGGAUGGAUCGAUUACAGGUGGAUUUGUGAGUUCAAACCACCCAAAUGCUCAACCCUAGAUUACCGUUAGUAUAGUUGAAUUUUCUCUUUGGAAACAAUGGUGGACUAAUCAAUCAACUAACAAUAAGACCGUGAUUUACGUCAUGACUCAUUAAGCAAACGAACAGAGAAUGUCAAAGUCAAGGCGGGCUAAUCAAUUAGCAAUAAGCCAUCAAUUAACGCUCCUUUUCCCCCCAAGACUACGGGAGCCAUGUCAAAGUCCAUGCCUAACCUCUUUUGUACUCAUUUCUCAUUGCCGUGAAGGACGCGGAAAGAAAGAAAAAAAGAAAUGGCAGCACUGCAGUCAUCACGGCCGGGGUCCGUCUUCUAGUUCUGUUUGCAACUUCAUGAUGGCCACUCUGCUUUCUCUAGCUUGAUCAUUCAUUAACCAUGUGCAUGCAAAGGAAAUUUUUAGGGUUGCUGCACUCAUCGGCCGGCCACUAAUAGCGGCCAGACUUUCGCCAAUCAAAUUGAACUUGAUCUUUGGGGAAGUUAACCGUUAUAGAGACAUAUUGGUACUGAUAAUUGGCUUGGUUGUUAUUAUUUCUUAACAGUUGGAGUUGGUCAUGACAAUAAGAUUUUGGAAAUUAAGAUAAGUCAUUGUUUGUUUAGUUUAGAUUAGGUGGAAUGAGAGUGGGUACUGGGUCUUUUGGACGAUGGAUUUAAUAAAUGAUGCAAUUUGGCACAAUUAUUUCGAAAUUACCUCUUCUCACAAUUGCCACAUCAUUCAUAACGUUUGCCUCUUUUUUUUUUUACAAUAGUCAAUAGGUAAUGUCAAUUCAAAUCAACGAUAGGAGUACAAGUAUGCUUUCAAUUAAAUUUAAUGCAAAACGAAGCAAUUCAAAUUGUCUCGGGCAUUCCUAUUCUCUGUUGCCAAAUGAGGCCAAUUGAUCCAAUUACUUCAUUUUGAGAAAAUUAAGUCAAAUUGUAUCAUCCAAUUCCAUCAUUUUAGAAAUGAUUGAGUUCAUAUAUCAUGAAAUAUAAUACUCUCGCCUUUAUCUUUCAUAAUUCUCCUUUUAUCAUUGUACCUCUCUACAUUUCAUUUUUGUAGCAUUACAUCUUACAAAAAUUGCAUCCACAAAACAUGGUCAAACAUCACAUUCCAUGGAAACUUUCAUGCAUUGCAUACAUCCACAAACCAAGAGGGGAAAAAUAAGGUGAAAAUACGGAAGAACCAAAUUAAAAAGACUCCCCACUUGACUUCUGAACAAUACAAACCACGUUAGUCUUUGCCCCUUGCCCGCCAUUUUCCACUCGAUGCUUACUAUAAAUUGCCAACCCCCCCAAACCUUCCUAGCUCUCCACUACCAAAAUUCCUCCCAUCAAAACCAAUACUUUUAAGCUCUCUCUCUCUCCCUAGUCCUUAUGGCUUCAGGAUUGCGCUUCCAAGUCCUAGCAAUUCUGUUUCUUGCUCUGGCUCUCACCUGCCUCCACCCAACUCACGGGGAAGAAACAACUAUAACAUGCGAGAAACUGGAGCAAGGCGCGUGCGCCUACGCGGUAUCAUCGACGGGAAAGCGGUGCGUGCUGGAGAAGCGCGUGAAGAGGGGAGGUCAAGAGGAGUACAGCUGCCGGACGUCGGAGAUCGAGGCCGACAAGCUGAAGAACUGGGUGGAAACCGAUGAGUGCAUCAAGGCCUGCGGAUUGGAAAGGAAAGCUCUCGGGAUCUCGUCGGAUGCCCUCCUCGAGCCCGGAUUCACGCGCCACCUCUGCUCUGCUCAGUGCUACGAUGCCUGCCCCAACAUCGUCGACCUUUACUUCAACCUCGCCGCCGGCGAAGGGGUUUUUCUACCGAAGCUGUGCGCGGCCCAAAACGGUCCAGGGCGGAGGGAAUUGACGGCCGAUAUUAUUAAGAGCUCAGGCGGCGUGCUAAUUGCGCCGGGGCCAAUUCAGGGGGUGAGCUACAUGGUCGCACCAGCGACGGCGCCGGUGCCAGAUCAGCCACUACCGAUGUCGCCGGAGCCGGCCAGUUUUGCUCCGGAGCCUAUGUCACAGAUUGAUUAGUUGAAGCGACGAAGGUAAUUAAGAUGGACGAUAUGAGAUUCACGAGUGGGAGAGAUUGAUUAUCUAAUUAAUAUAUAAUAAUAAAGAUGUUUGAUUUUGAGUAUGAGUGAACGAUGGAUAGAAUAAAAAAAGAAGCUGCGCUGAGGAUCCAAUCUGUUAGGGCCGGCCUGCUUUGGUUUUGAUUAUUUCUAUUUACGAUUAAAACGAUAAUUUGUAGACCUAUAAAAAAAAAAAACGAUAAUUUGUAGUGGUUCGAAUUUCAUAUCAUCAAUAAAUAUUUUAAUUUUAUAUGAUACAUAGUAUUAGUGUCAAUUUCGCUGGAUAAAUUAGUAAUAAAUUUUGUUUUACCAAUAAGUUAAAAUUGAUCAUCUGAUUGGCAUGUAGAACAAAACAUAACAUGUUGCUGAUGACACGACUACUUUGAGUUACUAAUUAAUAGUAUGUAUUGAGAUAAUCGACAUCAAUCAGUUUUGUUAGGCUGAUUAUUUUAUUAGCAAGAGGACAGCAUGUGCUAAUACUUCUAAUAUGCAUGGACCAUGACGAGCUGUAGCUUGGAAUAAUGCCUGGAUAGUGGAUUCUUUGUAAAUUGGACAACAAAACAAACAAGCUUUUGUUGGGGGGUUUAUAAAAAUGAAUUUGAUAGUACUAAAAGACAAUAUGUACU